CCCCCUCCCCGGCUCCCCCUCCCGCCUCUCCCCUCCCGGUUUCCUUGUCCCUUGUCCCUUCUCUCUCUUUGGCUUGCUCUUUCGUUCAUAUAUUGACGGACUUUGUCCAGACCGUGGACCUUGUCAUCAACUCAGGAGCAACAGUCAUGUUGCACAUCUGGCAUGACAGCGUGUUGAGCGAUGCUGGUAAUCGCUGCUGCUGGCCAGACUUCUACAUCCUACCCACAGUACUGCACACUACCCUCAGCAACCCACAAGCACACCACACUACCACUUCAAUAUGAGCGACCACUCUACCAGUCAAGAUGGCUUCGACUUUGCCCUUUCUCAACAAAGCUCCCCAAGGCUCUCUGAGCGCUCCCUUGUCGCUCCUGGUCGCCCCGCACGACAUCACUCGCGAUCUCCUACCCCGCCUGUCGUUUCUCGGGUACCUUCCACUGCUUGUCAUUCCUCAUGGCCGACAUCAUCCUCCCCCCGUCCAAGGCUCAACAGCCUCUCGUCUUCCUCCCAUUCUCUGGGGCCCCAACGUACCCCUCAGCUGCUGCCGUCAUCCCCUCUCCUUUCGCUACUCCCUGUCCCAGCGGAUCUCAGCUCCCCCUCAGCAAUUUUGGUGUUGACGCUCUUGCAAUGAGAUUGAACGACGCCACAGAGAAAGCCACGCUGGCUGCCCCUGUUGGCCCGCCUACACCAGCCCCUACCUCCCAGCGCCUGUCCCUCCCACCCCGGACACCCUGAUGCGUUCACCCUCUGUUUCGAGCUCCCGGUCGCAUUCCUGUUUGCGCUCCCGAUCCCGCGCUCCGUUCCAGAGAACCUCCAAGCAGCAUUAACAUUGUCUGCGUCACAUCCCUUGCCCGACUUGUCUCUUCCUGGCCAGCCUCCCGACUUCUCUGCAAUCACUGCGCAGCUCGCGCAGCUCAUGCAGCAAGUGGCCUUAGGGGUGAAGAGAGUUACAUAGAGACUUAUCAAGCAGCUCCUGUGGUCAAAGACGACAUUUACGACAGCAGAGGUCCUCCAGCCAGACGACAGCCGCGACCUCCCACCCCACCUGCAGUAUCGCCUCUACCUCCUACCCCGGAGCUGCCGAUGCGACCGGGGAAGGUGUGCUUGACAUGUUGCUGGACCCGUUGGCUUCCCAAGGUGACGCCCAGACACCCUUGCGCAACAUCAUUGAGGGCGAGGGCCUGUCUCCCCCCUGGGAGUGGGCUGACGAGGAUGUAGUCUCGUGUCCUAUUGCUGCAAAGCUUAGGCGUCUGUGUGUGUGUUAGAGAAUAGCUAGAACUGACUCUCGCCCAGUCAUCGCCCUUUUCUGUCUGUGUGACGUACAGGGUGAAGAGAGUUACAUAGAUUCUGUAAGUCUUAUCAGUUCUAUGUACUUAGGCUCUAUGUAAGGCAAUGUCGGACAGAAGGA